AUGCACGCCGGAUCUCAGGAUCCUCAGUCGUCGUCAGCAAGUAACAACAUCCAUCGACCAUCGUCUGGUCAUGUUCACGAUGAACGUCGGACGAAGACUGAUUUUCUUUGCCAUGUCCAGUACACUAAUAACUUGCCAGAUAUUCCUUUCGAUGCAAAAUUCUUACCAUGUCCAUUUGUUUCUUUGAAUCGGCUGGUAGAAUAUAAACCAACUAUGCUUGAAAAGAAUUUUAAGUGGGAAUUAUUAACAGCCCCUGAUCUCGGUGUAAGAAUAGAUUUAAUUAAUCCAGAGACUUAUUAUAUCGACCCACAUAUGCAAAAGCGAGCGCAUGACCCUAUCGAUCAAAUGCUCCUUGAAGAUGAAGAAACAUAUAACCAAAAUUCGAGGCGCUCACAACAGCACAGUAAAAUCGUACCGUGGAUGAGGAAAACUGAAUAUAUUAGCUCGGAGUUCCAGCGAUUUGGUGUUGCUGCUGAUAGGCAAGAAACUAAGGUUGGAUAUAACAUUAAAAAGAAGCUCAAGGAAGAUUUUACUUAUCGUGAUCGUGCAUCGCAGAUUGAAGCAAUAAAAAAAACUUUUGAAGAUGUAUCAAAGCCUCUUCACGAACAUCCUAAAAAGAAGGGAGUGAAAGCCGUGGAAGAACUGCCGUUGCUUCCUGACUUCGAUAAUUGGAUUCAUCCCUUCGCCUUAGUUGUCUUUGAUGGAGAUCCUAUUCCUCGCGGUGAGAAAACAGAUGGAGAUGUUCUCUUGUCACAAGCGCUGAUCCGAGGUAUGAUGGAUGAAAAAGGUGAACAGUUUGUUACUUAUUAUCUCCCAACAAAAGAAACUCUUGAAGCGCGGGCUCGAGAUGCGCAAAACGAAAAACCAUUCGAUCCAGAUUACACAUAUGAGUACAAUUCAGUGCGUGACUACAAUUGGUUAGUUCGGAACAAGUCCACUAAAGGUUUUGAACAAGACAACUAUUUGUUUUCUCUUCGGAGUGAUGGAGUAUAUUACGAUGAGUUGGAAACAAAGGUUACACUUACUCGGCGGAAAACAGUUCGCGCCCAGGCCCAGCAGAAAAGUAUUCUUUAUUUGCGCCAUAGGCCUUAUGAUGAUAACGAAUUAUCGAUACAGCGAGAUCGUCUGAAUCGGUUACUGCAUCCUUAUGACGCCAACGAUGAAGAAGGGUCAGAAAAGGACUCGAGCGAUGAAGAAGAAGAAGACGGUGAGGGUGUGGAAGUUCGUCAUGCUAACCCGUCGAAAGAAGAUGAAGAGGAAGACAAGAGUGAAAGUUCUUAUGACAGUGACAAAGAGGAAAAGAAGGAAGAGACUACUAGCGAAAGCGAAGAACAAAAGAGUCAAGCGUCUGGCGAGAGCGGUAAAAAUGGAGACGAGGACGACCUCGAUGUCCCCUCCGACGGGCAAGAGGAAGACGACGGAGAAGCUCAGAAAUCUGACAGUUCCGACAGCGACUGA